AUGAACGUUCGCGUCUCGGUAUUGAAUCAAUGCCAGUCGGAUUUCCUGUUUUAACCAUGAGAUCCCCAGUUCCGUGGCAACCUUCGAAAAUCAUCGCUCAACACUCCGUCAAUUAUAAUCUCUUUAUUGGCAAUGAAAUUCUGAGGGAUAUUCGUGACUUGUGGUUUUCACGGUAUAGCGCGAUGAAAAUAAUUAACGUCACGGACAUAGGCGAGCUUCCGGUUCCAGCUUUGGACUUCGAGUCGAGAGUGAAUGAUCUUUGUUCACUUGCGAGUGAAAAACUGUUGAGAGAGUGGUUGGCCGACGUGGCUGAACUUUUUCUUGAAAAGCAGCACGCCUGGUCGAUUUACUUCGAAAAUAAACCGAGAGCAUCAACGUACCUCGUCGAAAAAUAUUUCCGAAGCGUGAAUUCAUUGCUGUCCCGACAACUACGAAUCGUCCUUAUGAAUACCUUGAAUGACGUGAAAGAUUUCUUUCUCCGGUAUCAAGAUGGAAAUUUCUUUGAAUCGGAGUACCAAGACCUCACAUUUACACGGGCCCCCUUCAUGAGUAUUGCCGUGGAGCCGGUGCCGAAUAGUAGCGAAUUGAUGUUCAAUCCCAGUGUGAGAGAAAUGUACAGCGUCGUGUCGAGAUGUUUCGAUAGAAUAAUUUCAGUCUCAUCCAACGUACCAACGAUCGAGACGAUUCUGUUUCCCGAGCUCGAGGAAACGAGGACUUUGUUCCCACUUUUUCGUCACGAAUCAGCCGUCGAAAAUAUCGUCACAGAAGCGCUGGACACGAUCGUGGCGAACGAAGUUGGUCCCCAGAUAUAUUUACAAUCUUAUGAGAAUUUUUCGUACAUUCUCGACGGUCGAGCUGCGAAAAGUCUCGACGAAUAUUUCGAGAACGAUCCCCUGCCAUCGUUGCGGGAAUUCGGACACAAAAUAGCAAGUUACGAUGAUCUGAGUAAAGAAAUUUGUUUGUACAGAAACAAGAUACCGUUGAAUUUGGUCGAGAUCGAUUGUACGAGCGUGAACGAGACGAUGAGAAAAAUCCUCCACGAUCUUCGGACCCGGAUCUGCGACAAUUUUCUAACCGAGUUGCGUACGAAGAACCACGAAUUAUGUGCAAUAUUCGAUUCGAUAGCGGAGAGAAUAUCAGGGAUGCCAGAAACGACGCAGGAGGUGGUUGAUCUGUUUAACUUUCUGUGCGAAAGUCGUGAUUCGACGAUGUUCAAUUUGCGUGGUAAGCUGUCGCGGUGCGCAGAGUUGAUACUAUUUUUGUACGACUAUCAAGCGCCGGAGGACGAGGACAUACAAUUGAACACGCGAACGUUAAAUUGGCCGAAGGAGAUGGAGACGGUGAUGGAACUGGCGACGGUGCGUUUGAACAUGAGGAAAGAAUUCGUCGAGAGCGUGUUACGGGCUCGGCGUGAAAAUUUCGAGCAAACGAUACAGAACAUGCAAAUGGGGAUAGAUCAAUUCAAGAAAAAAGAUCCUCCGGUCUUGACGAUGGACGAGAUGGAACAAGCGACCGAGGAAAUCGAACAACUGUCGAAAAACAUGGCAGAAAUCGUCAGAGAGGCCGAGCAAAUAAACGCCGAGGAAGGAUUGCUCGACAUGGAGUUGAGCCCUUACAUGACACUGCCAUCGAUGACGACGACGGUCGAGACAUUCGACAGACUGUGGCACACGGUUUUGAGUUUCCACAAAAACUAUGAAAAAUGGUAUUACGGAUCGUUCGUGGGUCUCGACGCCGAAGAGAUUCGUACCGAGACCGAUAACGCCUGGAAAACUUUGUACAAAUUAGGCCGUGUCUUGACCGACGUUCCAGGAGCUCGUAGAAUCGCCGAGAUGGUCCGAGGAAAAGUUGAAAAAUUCCGACAAUUUAUACCCCUUUUGCAAACUAUUUGUAAUCCAGGAUUACAGAAACGUCAUUGGGAGCAAAUAAGCGGGGUGGUUGGAACGCCCAUUCAUCCAACGGAGGAGAGCAGUUUGUCUGACAUGAUCGAUUACGGUCUGACCGUUCACACGAGCAAACUCGAAGAAAUAUCAUCGGCAGCAACGAAGGAGCAUACGCUGGAGAAAAACCUGCGAAAAAUGCAGAACGAGUGGCUCGACGUUCAUUUCGAUUUGACGCCGUACCGUGAAACAGGCGUCAUGAUAUUGUCGGCCGUCGACGAGAUACAGGUUCUGCUGGACGACCACAUACUCAAAGCUCAAACGAUGAGAGGCUCGCCGUUCGUAAAAGCUUUCGAGGCAGAAAUGCAGUCGUGGGAAGAAAAAUUGAUCACGAUGCAGGACAUAAUCGACCAGUGGCUGAUGUGCCAAGCAACUUGGAUGUACCUGGAGCCGAUUUUUAGCAGCGAAGAUAUCAUGAGACAAAUGCCAAACGAGGCGAAGAACUUUCGACAAGUUGACAAAAUUUGGCGAGGCAUCAUGGCCUACGUUGCCAAUAACACGAGAGUCGUUGAUGCAACGUCCAUGAAAGACAUGCUCUCACAAUUCAAAUUGUGCAACACUUAUCUCGAAGGAAUACAGAAAGGUUUGAACGAUUAUCUCGAGAAAAAGCGUUUGUUCUUUCCACGAUUUUUCUUCCUCUCGAACGACGAGCUCUUGGAGAUUCUCUCGGAGACCAAAGACCCUCAGAGGGUUCAACCCCAUUUGCGCAAAUGCUUUGAAGGCAUCAGCAAAUUGAGGUUCACCAAAGACGAUGAAAUAAUUGGCAUGCUUUCCGACGAAGAGGAGUACGUUCCUAUGAGCGGUAAAAUUUAUCCUGCCGACGCGAAAGGCAUGGUAGAAAAAUGGCUCUGCCAGGUCGAAGAAUUGAUGAGAGUUUCCUUGAGGGACAUCGCUCAGGACAGUAUCAUCGCCUAUUUCAACGAUGUACGCGAAGAAUGGAUAGUUUCGUGGCCCGGCCAGAUCGUCCUGUGUGGCAGCCAAGUGCACUGGACGAGUGAGGUAUGCGAGAGCAUCGAGAGUGGUGAGACAGCGGCGUAUCUGACGAAAUGUAGUCAACAGAUCGAGCGGACAGUGGCUCUGGUCCGGGGGAAGCUGGAGCCAGGAGCGCGGAUAACAUUGAACGCUCUGAUAGUGAUAGACGUGCACGCUCGUGACGUGGUGAAAUCGCUGGUUGAAGGGAAGGUGAAAAACGUGAUGGAUUUCAACUGGAUAUCGCAGCUGCGAUAUUAUUGGUCGGAAGGGAGCGUGGUGGUCUCGAUGAUAACGACGGACGUCGCCUACGGCUUCGAAUACCUCGGGAACACCCCGCGUUUGGUGAUCACGCCUCUGACCGACAGAUGUUACAGGACCCUGAUGGGAGCGUUGAAACUGAAUCUCGGUGGGGCGCCGGAAGGUCCAGCAGGAACUGGCAAGACCGAGACUUCGAAGGACCUCGCGAAGGCAGUCGCCAAGCAGUGUGUUGUGUUCAACUGCUCGGACGGCCUUGAUUAUCAGGCGAUGGGAAAAUUCUUCAAAGGAUUGGCCCAGUCGGGGGCGUGGGCUUGCUUCGACGAGUUCAACAGAAUCGAGCUCGAGGUUCUGUCGGUGAUAGCCCAGCAGAUAUCGACGAUACAAAUGGCCAUUGGGAUGAAACUCGAGCGUUUCAAUUUCGAAGGAACGGAAAUAAAGCUCGAUUUGACUUGCAAUAUAUUCAUCACGAUGAACCCCGGCUACGCCGGUCGCCAGGAGUUGCCGGACAAUCUCAAAGUGCUUUUUCGUACGGUCGCGAUGAUGGUGCCGGACUAUGGGAUGAUCGGGGAAAUAACUUUGUACAGCUACGGCUUCGACAACGCCAGAAGCUUGGCUGAGAAAAUAGUUCACACUUAUAAACUGUGCUCGGAACAAUUGAGCUCGCAGAGUCAUUACGAUUAUGGAAUGAGAGCUGUCAAAACUGUUUUGGUAGCAGCUGGAAAUCUGAAGUUCAAGUACCCAACGGAUGACGAGUCGGUGUUGGUGCUGCGGGCGAUCGUCGACGUGAAUUUACCCAAGUUUCUCUUCCAGGACGUCGGACUCUUCGUCGGCAUUUACAAUGAUCUCUUCCCGGGCAUCGAACUUCCGCAGCCCGAUCGCGACGAGUUGAUCGACUUCCUGCGUGUCAAUUUGGCGAAGCGAAAUCUCCAAUCGACUCCGUGGUAUUUGGAGAAAAUCGUGCAGAUUUACGAGAUGAUUUUGGUCCGGCACGGCUUGAUGAUCGUCGGCGAAACUCUCGGCGGCAAAACCCAAGCUUAUCAAACUCUGGCCGACUCCCUGGCCGAUUUAUCCAACAAGAGGAAAGCUCUGCUCCGCGAAUUCCGGACCGUUUAUCGGAUCAUCAAUCCCAAAGCGAUCACCAUGGGACAGUUGUACGGCAGCUUCGAUCCCGCUUCCCACGAGUGGAGCGACGGCGUCCUCGCCAACAGUUUUCGCGAAUACGCUCAACCCAUGAGUUCCGAAAGAAAGUGGAUCGUUUUCGACGGUCCGAUCGACGCCGUUUGGAUCGAAAACAUGAACACCGUCCUCGACGACAAUAAAAAAUUGUGCCUCAUGUCCGGCGAAAUCAUACAAAUGUCCAACAAAAUGAACAUGAUCUUCGAGCCUGCUGAUCUCGAACAAGCCUCCCCGGCCACCGUCAGUCGUUGCGGCAUGAUUUACAUGGAACCUUCCCAACUCGGCUGGCAAGCCAUGUUCGAAUCUCACAAAAAGCAUCUCCGUGCAAAAUUGCUUCUCGAGCAAUUCGAACUCGUUUGCGAGCUCAUCGAGUGGCUGGUCAAUCCGAUUUUCGAUUUUUUGAAAUUCAACUGUAAAAGUUUCGUCGAUACUUCCGAUCUUUACAUGUUUCUCGCUUUCACGCGGCUGUUCAACACCAUGCUCGAAGGCGAGUCCCAGGUGAGCACAGUUUGGCUGCAGUGCGUCCUGCUCUUCAGCAUGGUCUGGGGAUUCGGCUCGACUUUGAUAACGGACAGUAGAAAAGCCUUCGACGUUUAUCUGCGGUCCCUGCUGCUUGGCAACGUCGAGGAAUAUCCUAAGCCGAAAGCCUUCAAGCUGACGAAGCAGCAGCUCUUUCCGGAUCGGGGCAUAGUUUACGAUUGGGUUUAUGACAAGAAGAAUAACGGAUCUUGGAUUUCCUGGAUGGAGACGGGCGUUCAGACACCGUUGCCGGCGAACGCGAAAGUCAGCGAGUUGAUAAUCCAGACGAACGAGGUAUCGAUGCAGAGGUUUUUCGUCUCGAGCUUCCUGAAGCGAUCGUUACCGGUACUGUUCGUCGGUCCAACGGGGACGGGGAAGUCAUCGAUUAUUUUGGACUAUUUGUUGAGCUUGCCGCGAGAUAAGUACGUCCAGAACGUCGUCAACUUCAGCGCCCGUACGAGUGCUUCGCAGACUCAAGAGAUCGUGAUGUCCAAGUUGGACAGAAGAAGGAAAGGAGUUUACGGGCCAGCGAUGGGGAAGCAGUGCGUGUUGUUCGUGGAUGACCUGAGCAUGCCGCAGAAAGAAAUUUACGGUGCGCAGCCACCGAUCGAGCUUCUGCGGCAGUGGAUCGACCACGGGCACUGGUUCGAUCCGAAGGACACGACGAUGCUGUAUCUCGUCGACAUGCUCCUGGUGACGGCGAUGAUCCCACCGGGGGGUGGUUCGAACGUGGUGACACCGAGGCUGACGAGGCACACGCACAUCAUCGGCAUGGACGCCUUCGAGGACGCAACGAUGACGAAGAUCUUCGCUACUCUGUUGGAUUGGCACUUUGGUAAGGGCUACGACACGAACGUCGGUCGUUUGGGAAAAAUGGUGGUUUCGGCAACGAUGAAGGUUUACCACGAAUCCCGGGAGAACUUUUUGCCGAUUCCUUCCAAGAGCCACUACACUUUCAACCUCCGGGAUUUCGCCCGCGUCAUCGGCGGCGUGGUCCUCGUUCCUGCAGCGAGAAUGCGCGAGCCGGAAAAGCUCAUGAGACUUUGGGUCCACGAGAUAUUCCGCGUGUUCCACGACCGCCUCGUCGACGAGGGCGAUCGCGAGGCUUUCUUCAAGAUCGUCAAGCACGUUGUUUACGAAGAGCUUCGUCAGCCACUGGAAAAAAUACUAACGAGCUUCCUGGGGGAAGAUGAAAAAAGCAUAAACCGCCAACAUCUGGGCGGCCUCUAUUUUGGCAUGUACAUGGAACCCGAUGCUGAUCCGCCGAUCUAUGACGAAGUUCCAAGCUUCGGUGAGCUCGAGGAGAAAAUGGAUUACUACCUGGCCGAGUACAACAUGACUUCCAAGACGGUCAUGUCCCUCGUGCUCUUCAGGUACGCGAUCGAGCACGUGUCGAGGGUUUCGCGAGUCCUUAUGCAGGACAAAGGCCACGCUAUGCUCGUCGGUGUCGGUGGCUCCGGGCGCAACUCCUGCGCCAAAUUGGCAACGAGUGUAUCCGAAUUCGCUAUCCACCAGGUUGAGAUCACUAGAAAUUACGGGUUUUCCGACUGGCGGGAAGAUUUGCGGAAGCUGCUGAUGAGGGUGGGCAAAGAAGGAAAACCGACCGUCUUCCUAUUCGGUGAUAAUCAGAUCCAAGACGAGAGCUUCGUCGAGGACAUAAACAUGGUACUGAACACCGGGGACGUCGCGAAUCUCUACGGCAGCGAGGAAAAGGCCGAGAUACUCGAGGCAAUGAUGAAUCUUACUCGGGACCCGAGCAGCAAAAAAAUGGAGACAACUCCGAUGUCCCUUUACGCUGUUUUCGUUGAAAGAGUCAAAAAGUAUCUGCACAUCGUCCUGACGAUGUCGCCGAUAGGUGACGCCUUCCGUAAUCGUCUGAGGAUGUUCCCUUCGCUGAUUAAUUGCUGCACGAUCGAUUGGUACGACGUCUGGCCGCCGGACGCCCUCGAGAGAGUGGCGACGACCUCCCUACGGGAGCUGGACAUCCCCAAUGACGUUCGGACCUCCUGCGUCGCGAUCUGUCAACAGUUUCACGAAAGCGUGAGACGCGUAAGCGAGGAAUACGAGAGAACGACGAGGCGGAAAAACUACGUUACGCCGACGAGUUUCCUGCAGCUCAUUAAGUCGCUCUACCGACUUUACGGUCGUAAGGUCGACGACAUCACCUCCCAGCAGAACCGCUACGUCGUCGGCUUGGAAAAGCUCGAUUUUGCGGCCGGACAAGUCGCUGUGAUGCAGAAUGAACUGCACGUUUUGCAACCGCAGCUGGUCGCCCAGUCGCAGCUCAGUGACAAGUUGAUGAUCCGCAUUGAACAGGACACCGUCAAUGUGGAAGCCAAGAAGGAAGUCGUCGCUGCCGAUGAGGCUCUGGCCAAUGAGGCAGCAGCGGCUGCCCAGGCGAUCAAAGACGAUUGCGAAAGUGAUUUGGCCGAGGCGACGCCCGCCCUGGAGGCUGCGCUCGCAGCUCUCGACACUUUGAAACCCGCUGACAUUACAAUUGUCAAAUCAAUGAAAAAUCCACCGGCCGGUGUCCGACUCGUGAUGGAAGCUGUUUGCGUCCUGAAAGGCGUCAAACCUGAAAAAGUUCAAGAUCCGGCCACUGGCAAAACUACCGACGACUAUUGGGCCGCAUCCAUCAAAGUCCUCGGCGACAUGAAGUUCCUCGAACACCUUAAAACUUUCGACAAAGACAAUAUACCCGUUGCUUCCAUGAAACUCAUCAGAGACAAAUUCAUGAACGACCGUAAUUUCCAACCUGAAGUCAUCAAAAAAGUUUCCACCGCCUGCGAAGGCCUCUGCCGAUGGGUUCGUGCCAUGGAGGUUUACGAUCGGGUCAUCAAAGUCGUCGCCCCUAAGAAAGCUAUGCUCGCCGAAGCCGAAGCUGAAUUAGCUGCGCAGAUGGAAACCCUCAACGCUAAAAGAACUCUACUUCAGGAAGUAACCGACAAGCUGCAAACAUUGAACGACGAAUUCGCAGAGUGCAUGAGGGAGAAAAAGAAGUUGGAGGAUCAGAUAGAUCAUUGCAUGCAGAAAUUAGACAGAGCAGAAAAAUUAUUGGGAGGCCUGGGUGGAGAAAAAACUCGUUGGAGUGAGACAGCUUCGCUGUUGGGUUCGAGCUUGGGCAACAUAAUCGGCGAUGUACUUUUGGCAUCAGGAGUCGUCGCGUACCUUGGUGUCUUUACGAUCGAGUACCGUAAUGGCUUAGUAGCCGAUUGGUACAGUUUGUGUAAACAAAUGAGAAUCCCAUGCGGUGAGAAGUUCAGCUUGGACGAAAUAUUGGGAGACCCGGUCGAAAUAAGGGCCUGGAUGAUCCACGGACUGCCAGCUGACAAUUACUCCAUCGAGAAUGGCAUAAUCGUGAAAAACGCCGAUCGGUGGCCGCUGAUGAUCGACCCCCAGGGCCAGGCGAACAAGUGGAUAAAGAAUCUUGAGAAGCAGCAGAAACUGAUGGUGAUCAAAUUGACCGACAGCAAUUAUGUGAGAACGAUGGAAGUUGCGAUCCAGCUGGGCAAACCGGUGCUCCUGGAAAACAUACUGGAAGAAAUAGACGCGAUUCUUGAGCCUGUGCUGGUGAAAAAUAUUUACAAACAACAAGGAGUUGCCUACAUGCGGUUCGGCGAGACUGUCCUCGAGUACAACGAUUCAUUUAGAUUUUACAUCACUACUCGAUUACGAAAUCCUCAUUAUUUACCUGAAGUCUCGGUUAAAGUGACUCUCCUGAAUUUCAUGAUAACGCCCCAAGGCUUGCAAGACCAACUGCUGGGCAUAGUCGUAGCCAAAGAUUUGCCUGUUUUGGAGGAAAAGAAAAACCAGCUGAUCGUCGAGGGCGCAAACAACAAGAGAAUAUUGAAGGAAAUCGAGGACAAAAUCCUCGAAGUCCUUUCCACUUCCGAGGGCAACAUACUCGAGGAUGAAACGGCCAUAAAAAUAUUGUCAUCUUCGAAAUUGCUCUCGGAAGACAUUCAAGCCAAGCAGAAAGUGGCUGCAAUAACGUCGAAGGAGAUUGACGAGGCGAGGAACGGGUACAAGCCCGUGUCGCGACACGGCUCGAUAUUGUUCUUCUGCAUAUCCGAACUCGGCAACAUCGAUCCCAUGUAUCAGUACUCCUUGGUCUGGUUCAUCAAUCUCUACGUCAUGUCAAUUGCCAAGAGCGAAACUUCCUCGGAUCUUCAGACGAGGAUGCACAACUUGAACCAGUUCUUCACUAGGAGCAUUUACAAAAAUGUUUGUCGUUCUCUCUUCGAGAAAGACAAACUCAUAUUCUCCUUGGUCCUCGGGGUCGGUAUAUUGAGAGCGGAGAACAAGAUCGAUGAAGAUCUCUGGAACUUUUUGCUGACCGGUGGAGUCGCCCUGGAAAAUCCUUAUCCGAAUCCGGACCCGAGCUGGUUGACCGACAAAUCCUGGUCGGACAUUGUCCGUGCUUCGACGAUCCACUGUCUUGGAGAGUUCAAAAAUUCUCUGUUGAAGCAUCAGGCCGAAUGGAAAGCUCGCUAUGAUUUGGCGGACCCGCAGAACAGUCAUUUCCCAGCGCCCUACGAACAAGCAAAUAACGCGGAUAUGAUUAAACUCGUCAUACUCAAGUGUCUCAGACCAGAUAAAAUUGUUUCGGCUGUUCAGAAUUACAUAAUUGCUAACAUGGGAGAUUUCUUCGUGGAGCCGCCAGCGUUUGAUCUCCAGGAUGCCUACGGCGAUUCGAGCAACGUAACGCCCCUCGUCUUCAUACUUUCUCCGGGUUCAGACCCAAUGGCGGGCCUCAUUAAAUUCGCCGAGGACAAAGGGGUCCCGAAGAAAAAUCUCAUGAGCAUUUCCCUGGGCCAAGGACAAGGCCCCAUCGCUGCUCGUCUCAUUGAUCGCUGCAUAAAAAGCGGCGAGUGGGUCGUUCUGCAGAACUGUCAUUUGGCUGAAUCCUGGAUGAAGGAACUCGAUCGUAUCUGCGACGAAAUUGUCGUCCCCGAAGGCACACACCUCAGAUUUCGUAUGUGGCUCACCAGCUAUCCUUCCAGAAGUUUUCCUGUUUCAAUCCUCCAAAAUGGCGUCAAAAUGACCAACGAAGCACCCAAAGGAUUGCGACAAAAUCUGUUACGAAGCUACAACAACGAUCCCCUGUCGGACGACAAAUUCUUUCGUGGCACUUUCAAAACCCUCGAAUGGCGUGCUCUCCUCUUCUCUUUGUGUUUCUUCCAUGCUGUCGUUCAAGAGAGAAGAAAAUUUGGACCACUCGGUUGGAAUAUUCCUUAUGAAUUUAAUGAGUCUGAUCUACGCAUCAGUGUCGUUCAACUCCAGAUGUUCUUGAACGAUUACGACCAAGUACCAUUCGACGCCUUGCUCUACUUAACUGGUGAGUGUAAUUACGGUGGACGUGUCACCGACGACAAAGAUCGCAGACUCUUGAUUUCCCUUCUAAAGAUUUAUUACAACACUGACGUUAUUAAAGAUCCUGAGUAAGUUUCUACAACAAUUUCUUAAUCAUCGCUUGAUUUAAAAAACAAUACAGAAUCAUCAAGUGUUCGAAGAAAAACUCUGAUUUUGUAGCGGUCUGAGAACUUCAGCAUUAUUGGAUUGAAAUGUGUUUGCA